CGGCGGCACUGGGCGUUAUUUAUUCAAAGGGGGAGGAUCUCCAUCCUUUUUUGUCGGAUUUUCCACCUCUCUUCACCCUUGAGGGAUGCCCUCUCCCCUUGCAGGCUCGGGGAGGCGGCGGCCCCGGUGAUUUCCCGGCCACAUUGGUCCUGUUGACACCUCUCGUUUUCUUAAAGACCUGUUAUUUUUAAUCUUAGUUCGGUAAUUGCUCCACCUUGUGCCAGAUCAGGGAAGCCAUUGGUGGAAGCCUGAGUGAGGAUCAGGAGGGUUCAGGAAAAGGAAGCAUGACAAUUUCCCACAUAACCAGAGAAGAGAAGGGAAGGAUGUUAAUUCAUCUUCACCUGUGAUGUUGGCCUUCAAAUCAUUUCAGCAGGAACUUGAUGCAAGACAUGACAAAUACGAGAGACUUGUGAAACUUAGUCGGGAUAUAACUGUGGAAAGUAAAAGGACAAUUUUUCUCCUCCAUAGAAUUACAAGUGCUCCUGAUAUGGAAGAGAUUUUGACAGAAUCAGAAGUGAAAUUGGAUGGUGUUAGACAAAAGAUCUUGCAAGUAGCCCAGGAGCUCUCAGGAGAAGACAUGCAUCAAUUUCAUAGAGCCAUUACCACAGGACUGCAGGAGUAUGUGGAGGCAGUCUCUUUUCAACACUUCAUCAAAACACGAUCACUUAUCAGUAUGGAUGAAAUUAAUAAACAAUUGAUAUUUACAACAGAAGAAUAUGGAAAAGAAAAUAAGACCCCCUCCUCUGAUGCACAGGAUAAGCAGUUUGGUACUUGGAGACUGAAAAUCACACCUGUUGAUUACCUUCUGGGAGUGGCUGAUUUAACUGGAGAGUUGAUGCGGAUGUGUAUUAACAGUGUGGGGAAUGGGGACAUUGACACCCCCUUUGAAGUGAGCCAGUUUUUACGUCAGGUUUAUGAUGGGUUUUCAUUCAUUGGCAAUACUGGACCUUACGAGGUUUCUAAGAAGUUGUAUACUUUGAAACAAAGUCUGGCCAAAGUGGAGAAUGCUUGUUACGCCUUGAGAGUCAGAGGCUCAGAAAUUCCAAAACAUAUGCUGGCAGAUGUCUUUUCGGUUAAAACAGAAAUGAUCGAUCAAGAAGAGGGCAUUUCUUAGAAUACCGUCCUCAGUUGUUAUUCUCUUGAGAGACCAGUUUGUAAGACUGUUAUUUAGUAUCUCGUGGGGCUUUAUUGUGGCUUUUAAAUAGAAAUGUUUUCAGUCGUACUUGUUUUAAAUUGUAAACAAGCUGUAUAUAAAAUUAUCGAAACGAAUCAUUUCUUACAUCUUACUCAUGAAAGUUUGCAUACAAAGGUUUGCAUAUAUGCCUAUCUGUAUUUUUGCUGGCUGUAGUUGAUCGUUUAUCUUUGUAACGUGAACAUGCUUCGGAGCGCACUUUUUGCCAUACCUAUUUUAAUUUACGUUGUGUGAAGUGUGGAGUGGUGGUAUUUAGCGGAAGCCAUUUAUAAUUUAAGUUGGUGAUUUUGUUAUAUAUAGAAAAGAUUUCCUAGCUACACAUCUGGACUUGAGCUUCCUGUUAAAAUUUCUUGGUAAUAUUUUGUGAAGCCUCCAAAAUAGGCUUAUUCCGUAGAAUAAGAAUUAAAAAUUAAGUUAUCAAUAUACUUAAUUUUAUGAAGUAUUAUAGUGAGAAUUCAUAUUAUAUUCUGGCCAGUUUUUAGGCCAUUUUGAACCCAUUUGAAAGAGCCUUCCAGAAAAAUUAACAGGUAACCUAGAUUUUAGUUUCUACAUUUAAGUUUUUUAUCCUUUAGCACAUAAAGUCUGGUAGUGAAUUGGAGCUAACAUCGUAAUAUUUUCCCUGGUGUUUGAGUUCAAUUAUAUACUUGUACAUACAUCUGAAAAGCUUUUAGUAGUGAUUAUUUAGCAAUUCUUUUGUUGUCGUUCUAUUACAUUAGGCAUGUUUCUUAUAGAUGCAUCUAUAAGAAAUUACAUUUAAAUAAUUACAGUGAAGUUUGAAAUUUUUGAAAUACUGAGUUAAUUCAAGCCUUUAUAGUUGUCCAGUUGUGUUACUUAAUAGUAUAAAAAGUUGCCAAAGAAAAUUUAUCAUGUACAAUUCAGCAAUAAGACAAUUGUCAACACAGUUGGGAAUAACAGUGGUAGUCUUUAGUAAUAUUUAGAAUUGGAACUUGCCUACUGAAAUUAGUUCUAGAUUAUUCCCUGUGAUGUGAAACUGAUGUGAGCAUGACACUAUUGGCUGACAACCAGACAUUUCCAUUUGGUUUUGUGAGUUCUGAGAAUCUAGAUACUGGAUUUUAUUUUUGGAAAGAUUAGCUGCUCUGUUUGCAAGGCCUGGUUCUUUGAAAGUGAAAUUUUCCAAAAAAAAUAAUCAUGUAAAGGAAAAUAAAACAUAGACAUGCCUAAUAAAUUAGGUUGGUUGGUUUGUUCUGGUGGUAGCAUUUCUUUUGGUUUCCCUAUUUGAAGACACACUGCUAAAAUAUAGUCUCAUUACGUAUUUCUGUUUCUUCUGCCACUUGAAGUUAAAUUUAUAAUGUUAAAGGUAACAUAAAUAAAUGGAUUGAUGAAUGUCUUAAAGAUGUUUAAAACUGAAGUCUUUAAAUAAAAUAUUAAAAGAAAA